AUGCAGCAGAGCAGCGCUCCAGAGUUCAUUCUCGAGGCCUUUGCGGACCCGGCCUCCGUACGGGAUGUCGUCAAAGGAAUCCUCCACACAAUCUUCUUCCACCGCUUCUUCCCCGCCGUCGUUCCGUACACCCGCGAAGUCCUAGAUCUGACCCUCCCCUACGUCGACGACGUCGAGCUCGAGACCAUGAUCGAGCAGCGCGCCACCGCCCUCGUCCGCCAGCUCGACGCGGAGCGCUCCUCGUCCGGCUCCGGCGGCGGUGGCAGCGGCGGCGGGCGCGGCCAGCUCACCGUCCAGUUCUUUGAGAAGAAGCGUCGCAAGGCCUGGCUCAUGCGCGGCGACGAGGAGGUCUGUUGGGAAUGCUGGACCGUAAAAGUCACGGUCGCGGAGCCCAGGACGGAGACUGAGCGAGCCAAAGUCCGAAAAGCCAUGGAGACGACGCUCAUGACGACCGUCAUGAAGGUCAUCACCUUCGUCAACGCGCACAAGGAUCACAUCCCUCCGAUAACGACGCAGGGGUCGAACCCGUUUCCCUACCAGAUCAACAUUAACCAAAAGGAGUCAGGGUGGGCUACGAGGAUGGGCAUUUACUAA